AUGGAGGUUGAUGAGCAACAAACCCCAUCCAAAAGCACUCUUAAAACGAACCUGAGAAGCUCAACACUAUCAUAUAAUGAUAGAUACAACUCUAAUAAAACAAGCACUUCUUCAAAUAAUAAUAACAACACAAAUUAUAACACAAAAAUCUCCUAA